AUGCGUACCGGGAAUGGAGGGAAAAACAAACCUUGCUGGACACCAUUGCAUCCACAUGCAGGUUCAUAUCCAAUUUGCUGGAUGAGGCUUCCAAAGAAGAUAGUAGCAGGAGACCAUAAAAUUGCUGUAGGAGGAGGUUUAUGUACAAGCAGUAGCUAA